UCCAUCUUCACCUUGCUUGACUCUCAUCUCUUGAUCCUCAAAGCUCAGACCCUCAUCAUCUGUAAAAACUCCCUGUUUUGUUGAAUCAUCGAUUUCAGUUGCCUCUGCGUUCGGGAAGCUGAAGCAUCAACCUUGCCACUCGGAUCCUUCUCCUUCUGUUUUGUAGUCUUUGGUGCGUAAAGACUUUUUUGAAUACUCCGAACACCAUGUCUUCUCAGUCUGCAUCUGAUCAAAACAACUGUGGCAUCUGUCUGAGUAGCAUGGCAGCCCCAAAAGGCCAAGCCAUAUUCACUGCUCAAUGCUCCCACUCCUUCCACUAUCCUUGCAUUGUCCAGAAUGUUCAGCAUGGAAAUCUUUGUUGCCCCAUUUGCCGAGUAAUAUGGGAUAAGCAAAAUGUUCCUUUCCAACCAAACUGGACUAGUACUUUUCCCCCUCAACAUAACAACUCAGGUGAUCCCCCUCACCCAUGGGGUGUUAAUUUCCCUCAACAUAAUAACUUGGGUGGGAACUCUCCCAACAUCUCAUUCUCAUUCCAGCCGCGUCAGUCACCCCAUCAGACUUAUCAUCAGUACUCAUAUCAGCAACCCAGUUGGAACUAUCCUUCCUUCCCAUUCAUGCAGCAACACCAAGCCUUUCCCGAGCCAUCUAGCUUCUCUGAUGAUGAACCUCUUUUGUCCACCUCACCAAUGCAAUCCAAUGACCCCCAGGCUGUAACAAUUAAGAUUCAGACCGAGUCCUUGGCUAUCUCAGCUGCAGAAUCUCAUCCGCGAUAUCCUGUUCUUGUCAGCAUUUGUGCACCAUCUCUUCAAGAUACUGAUGGCCAGGGGCGUACCCCCAUCGACCUUGUGACAGUUUUGGAUAUAAGUGGCAGCAUGUGUGGCCUAAAGCUUGACCUUGUGAAGCGCGCUGUCAAAUUUAUCAUACAAAACUUGGGGCCUUCAGACCGACUUUCAAUAGUUACAUUUUCAACUACUGCUAGAAGAGUCCUUCCUCUAAGAAGAAUGUCUGUUGAAGGCCGUGAAAAUGCUGUGCGAGCUGUCAAUUCUCUUAGACCAGAUAACAUGACCAACAUUGUGGCAGGACUCGAGAUAGGAACUCGGGUCCUUGAAGAACGAAGGGAGAGGAACCCAGUUGCUAGCAUCAUGCUUUUAUCCGAUGGCAUGGAUACUUACUGUCAUAGUUCAAGCCAACUCUUGGCCCAAUUGCCUGAUUCAAUUCGCUCUAAUUGCAUGCAACAUGAAAUUCCAGUUCACACAUUUGGGUUUGGCAGCGACCAUGAUCCAAAUACUAUGCAUGCUAUAUCUAAUGCAUCAGGUGGCACCUUUUCGUUUAUCGAAUCAGUUGGCAUGAUUCAAGAUUCAUUUGCUCUGUGCAUUGGUGGUCUGCUCAGUGUUGUGGCUCAGGAAGCUCGCCUAACAGUAAGGUCAGCAUCACAUGGUGUGAAGAUAGUAGCUAUUCCAUCAGGGAGAUAUAUCAAAACUAUAUCUGAUGAGGACCUGCAAGGUGUUGUUGAUGUUGGGAGUCUCUAUGCAGAAGAGGAGAAACAAUUUCUGGUGUACCUCUUUGUUCCACAAUCCUCAACUUCAGAUACUAAAACUUCAUUGUUAGAUGUGUCAUGCGUGUACAGGGAUCUAGCUUCAAAUGAGUUAACCCAGGUGCAAGGUGAGCUAGUUGAGAUAUUGAGACCUGAGGUUUGUUCCCCUACACAUCAAGUAGUCUCUUUGGAGGUUGAUCGCCAGCGCAAUAGAAUCUUGGUCUCUGAAACUAUAGCAGAGGCACAAGGGUUGGCAGAGAAUGGAAAUCUGGAGGCUGCACGGGCCAUUUUGACUAAACGAAGAGAAUCUCUCUUAACAACACCAGCAGCCCGAGCUGGGGAUGGUCUUAGCAAUUUGCUUGAAACUGAGCUUCAAGAAGUCAUGGAUAGAAUGGCAACCAUGGAUUUGUAUACACACACCGGGCGCGCUUAUGCGCUCUCGGGAAUGAGCUCUCAUUCACUGCAGAGAGCCACAACUAGGGGUGACACAAUUACUUCAUGCCUCUCUGCAAGUUUUGGUGCUGCUCAGGCUUCACACUCCACUGUGGGUACCUUUCAGCAGCAGCAGUGUGUCUCUGCAGGUGCCACUCCAUUUGGGAGUCCAGCAUCAUUGCCACGAGGUGGUGCUUAUGAAACAUCUUCAAUGGUUAGAAUGGUACAGAAAUCAAAGGAUCUUGGCACUAGUUAUACUAAAUGAAGCUUGAUAUAGAUUGCUUCGAUCGUGUGCAUGCAGUGGUGUGAAUAUGAAUAAAACAUCGUUUUAUGAAAAAACAUAUGUUUCCUCUUUUGUAUUCUGUACGUAAUAAUAGUGUACUGAUGUUAUCUCCGUAAUCCGUAUUCGAUUUUGUAUAUC